UUCAAAAGGUAUUGCACCAAGUAUGCUUCACCAAACUUAUCUGCUUCCCCUUCCAAGGAUUCAUCAACUGAUGACAAAAUCUACCAUGUAAUCAAUAAACACCAUUAAUCAACAGGAUCUGUGAGGCUUACCAAAUGAUGUCCUUUGUAUCUUGCAUUAAUUGACACUCUUAAUGAGUCCCCAUACUCAGUCUUCCGGAAGCAUUAUUUAUUAGAAAGGCGGCUUGUAUUUUGUAUGGCCCUGCAAACUCCUUCGGGACAUUAGUUUCUUUUUUCUUCUCUCUUUUUUUCUCCUCAAUUCUCCUAAAUUCUCUUACCUUCUCCUUGUUUGGUGACUGGGGAGAGAUCGUUGAUGGCCUUAGAUGUGAGCUUGUUGGCACAGAUGCUAAAAGGUUACGAGGAAGGGGAGCAGAAGAGAGAGCUCGUCACCAGGGACUUGCUAGGCGGUGGCGGGGCAGUGCUGCGAUCCGCCGAGGUGGAUCUCGAGCUCAGAGUCCCAGCCGGUUGGGAGAGGCGGCUUGAUCUAUUGUCGGGAAGGACGUACCUCCAGAAGCGCCACCAUGAUCCGGUGCCUAUUCAUCGCCACGACCCCAACCUCACACUCCCUCCGCGAUCCUCCGCCACCCUCUUUCUGAAGCAGUGGGCGGCGGCGACACCCUUGGGUCACCGCAGCGUGUGCACCCUAGAGAAGGUGAAGUCCGCCCUCGAGCGCGCCGGCCGCGAAGAGCGGCCCCCUGCUGCCCGCCUCCCCGACAGCUCCCCGUCGCCGCCCUCCCGGUCGGUAGCCACCUCCUCCUCCUCCAUGGCGGCCGACCGGGGCGUGGACGGCCGCGGCCCCGAGUCGCCGCCCGCGGCUAUGGCGGUCGCCGGGUGCCCGGUCUGCCUCCUCUACGUGUUCGUCUCGGUGGUGGACCCGAGGUGCCCGAGGUGUGCCGCGCACGUGCCGGUCCAGAACGAGCCGAAGAAGCGACCCAAGUUUGACCUCAACUCCCCAACCCAAAUCCUUGAUGGAGUCGAUGACCUGAAUUAAUACAUAUAUGUGUAUAUAUAUAUAUAGUACAUACAAACCAUAAUAAUAAUUAUUAUUAUUAUUAUAUAUAGAUUUAGAUUCUAAAUUCGAUAGGAGGACGUUAAGAUUUUUGGCAUUCGAGAUCGUAUACCUUUUGCACCGUAUAAAUUGUUCUCCGUGUUUAACUUACUGUAUUGUAUGAUAAAACAUAGUGUAAGAAAAUAUUUAAAUCACUUGUAUAUGAUUUUUAUCCUCUUUAAUUACUUUGA